AUGGCUAUUGUUUGGACUAAAUUUCAUCAAAGAUUCUCAUAUAUUCUUAUAGCAAUUCUCUACCUAAUGGUGAGCAUAAACUUUUAUCUCGUAUAUCAAAUAAAUAAGAAGUAUAUCGACACAAAAGUUAUAUGCAGUGAAAGUUGUGGAAAUAUAUUGAGUGAUAAUAUAGACAAUCAUCAGAUUAAGACAAAAGGUUCCGAUGAACCACAUAUUAAAAGUCGUUUUCAAAGAGAUAUCACUGAUAGUAACAAUUAUUUGAGACAAUCAUAUGAUAAAACCACUGAUUCAAUAAACGAUUCAAACAACCGAUCGUUACAUCAGUUACUUCACUCAUUAUCAACAAAAGGCAUAACAUAUCAAAAUGACAAACAUUUGCCAAAUAGAUUAAGACAUUACCGAAGAAUUAAAUCCCGUUCAGCGCCGGACAAUCCCAUCGACAACAGCGGACCAUCCGUUGAGUUCUUCCAGAAACCUCAGUCAACACCAGAAACACCGGGAUAUGUAUGGCUUACGGCUUACUCAAGAAUCCCAUUACAUAUACUUCAAGAAUAUUGUUAUUCAGCUAAACAGUAUUGUCCGGCAGCUGAGAGGGGCCCUCCCGGACCCGUUGGUCUGAAAGGUAAUAAAGGAGAUCGCGGUUCAUAUGGAGACAAAGGUUCUGAAGGCAGACCUGGACCUCCCGGUCCCAAAGGUCCUCCCGGACCUAAAGGUGAACCGGGUCUUGACGGUAGAGAAGGUCUCCCAGGAGAACCGGGAUUAGAUGGUUCCCCUGGAAGGGAUGGAAAAAAUGGACAGGAUGGCAUGCCUGGUAUGCCGGGAAUUCCUGGAAAAUCAGGAAUUAAUGGAACAAACGGCAUUAAUGGUCUAAAAGGAGAACGUGGAGCUCAGGGAGUUCCAGGAAUGACAGGUUUACCCGGGCCCAGAGGUAAACGCGGUCCUCCCGGUGCUAAUGGCAUCAACGGAAUACCGGGUAUACAGGCCUGGAAACACCCAAAUAGCAGCACUUUAUUAAUUGCCCCACAAAUCAAUGAUUUGCCUGAUAUGCAACAGACUAUUGUUGUUAAAGAGAAUGAAAAUGUUAGGUUAAAAUGUACGGCCAGUGGUCAUCCAAAACCCGAUAUUACUUGGCGUCGGGACGACAAUAAAGCCAUUAAUUUGGGAACAGUUUCGCACACAAUGAUUGAAGGAAAUCGCGUUAAUAUAACUAGAAUUAGUAGAGAACAUUCAGGUAUUUAUGUCUGUUUGGCCACAAAUGGUGUUCCGCCCUCUGCUUUCAAGAAAUAUAACGUUGAAGUGACCUUUCCACCGUUGGUGAAGAUCGCAGCACCCAAUCAAAUGGUUGGCACCAAUAACGGCAGUUUCAUAAUACUUGAGUGCUAUGUUGAAGCAUUUCCUCCACCUCUUAGCUAUUGGCAAUUUGCAGAUAAAAUAAUUGAAAACAACUGGAAAUAUAAGUUAGAUCAACAAGAGUUAGGUCCUUAUAGUUUCAAAUUAAUACUUAAUAUAACAUAUAUUGAAUCACAUGAUUACGGAUUAUACAAAUGCAUCGCUAAGAAUGAAAGGGGAAAAACACACGGAUUGUUCACUGUUUUUGAAAUCGAUCCGCGAUUACCAAAAACUCCAGUAGAAGAGUCCACUUAUGUUAUAUAUGGAGAGGUGCCGUCACCACCACUUGAGGAACAGGAGUGUUCUCCCUGUCCGGAAUGUAAUCAAAUAGUUCAGCGAAAAUGUAAAGGCGAAGAAAGGCCUACAAUUGGUUCAGUGAGUUUGGCAUCCAAUUACAACACGUCUUCGUGGAAAUCAUUGUCUAAAAGAAAUAACAAUUGUUUGUUAAGUCAAAUCGGUAAACCAGUGUUUUAUCGGGACUCGGAGUCAGAGUGGGGCUGUUGGAUGAAAGAUCCGAUGCCUAUCAAAGCGGGUGACGAACAUAAAUAUUGGAUGACCUCUAAGGAUGAUAACACACUUUUGAUGGAAUUUGCAAAUAAGGAAACUUUCAGAAAUAAAGAAAUUUUCAAGAAUUACACUCUUUUACAUAAAUUUUCGGGUAAUUCUCAGUCUAUAUAUUCGGGUUCAUUAUAUUACAGUCACGAAGGAACCAAUAAACUGGUGAUUUUCAACUUGUCGUCCAACUCUUCCUCAUUCUUGAUGGUAAACGACGGCUCGAAAUCGUUUUUUAACAAAUAUUUAUACACCACUCGAAACAAUUAUAUGGAUAUAUCCACUGAUGAAAAUGGACUUUGGGUUAUAUUUCCGUCACAUUAUACUAACAAUACAAUGAUUAUGAAGUUUAAUAGCACUCAAGUCGAGUAUAUCUGGAAUCUGACGAUAGAUCACCAAACAGUCGGCGAAAUGUUUAUAAUAUGUGGUGUACUCUAUGGUGUCGAAAGUGUUUCCGAAAGAAACACCAAAAUUGAGUUCGCCUUUGAUUUGUAUCGUAACCAACAAAUAGAAGUCUCCAUUGAUUUUACAAAUCCUUUUAGUCAAACAAACUUCAUCUCAUAUAACCCAAGAUAUCAGAAGUUAUACACUUGGGAUAAAGGGAACCAAUUAGAGUAUCCAAUUAGAUUCAAUGAGUCCAUCGACAUCAACACUUUGGAUACAACUGAUACAGAUGAAAGUGAUGCCACAUUUUAA